AUGAUCAUCCGGCAACUUCCACAGGAUGUCAUCGACAAGCUCAAAUCCUCGGUCAAUAUCACGUCCCUGAACGGAGUAGUAUGUGGUCUAAUCGCCAACUCUUUGGAUGCUGGUGCUUCUAAAGUCAACAUCUCGAUCGACUACAGCAGAGGAAAUUGUACCGUUGAAGACAAUGGGUCCGGGAUCCCACCUGAAGAAUUUAAAGAUGGCGGGGGACUUGGGAAGCUCCACCAUACAUCCAAAUUCCCUACGCGGUCAUCGGUUCACGGAAAACAUGGUGAUUUCUUAGCGUCCCUUGCUACGUUUUCUCUUCUAACCGUUACUUCUAACCAUGAAAGACACAUCUCUCACAACUCCAUCACAAUCCACAAUGCCCGGGUUUUGGCUAGACAGUUGCCCGCACCCCCUGAGUUACGGCUUGUCAACUUUGAUCACGGAACUCGCACUACAGUCCGAGAUCUUUUUGGUACAAUGCCAGUAAGAGUAAAGCAAAGAACUAAGUUCAGUGAAAGAUCUGCGGUCGACAAGGAAUGGUCGAAGUUGACUCGAGCUGUCGUCGGCAUGCUUCUUGCGUGGCCAUCGGGUAUAUCUGUAUCACUCAAACAUGCAGCUACUCAGCGUGAACUCCGAUUUCGACCAUCUGACCAAAUGGAUAUAACAUCGAGAACCUCCCGUCUUCUUACCCAGGCCAGUCUUGCGGACUCAAGUGAUGCAGACAAUUGGGUACCUAUCUCGGCGUCAUGCGGACCUGUCUCCGUCAAGGGGGGCAUUUGUAAAAAUCCUGUUGCAACAAGGCGAUCUCAAUUCAUAAGUCUAGGAAUUCUCCCUAUCAACAACGAGUUCGGAUCAGACGUCCUUUAUGAAGAGAUCAACAGGAUAUUCGGAAACUCUAGUUUUGGUGUCAUCGAUGGUGACCAAGACCAUCGAGGUGCGUCGUCAAACCUUGAUGAGUUCAUGGGGAGAGAGCUACGAAGCCGAAAAGGCAUCGAACGGUGGCCCAUGUUCUACUUGAACAUCACAACCUCCAGUUUGGAGGGCAUCAAUAACCCGGACCAACUAAACAGCCAAGGUCAGACGUUGUCUACGAUCAUUGACCUCCUGAAGGCGACAUGUUACGGGUUUCUCAAGAAGCAUCAAUUUCGACCACGCAAAAUUCAGCUAGCACCAGAAGAAUCGUUAUUCUCAACAGCAAAGAAACUAGGUCGGUCUAAGAAACCAACCAAAAAGCAGGCCAAUUCAUCGAACAGCUCAAGGGCCAGCUCUGUUGCCUCAGCUUCUAGGUCCAACUCGAUUGUAACGCGAGUAGAUAGCCCCUUUGAGGGAUGGCAUCGAGUUAAAGUUGGAAGAGCCACACCACUGAGCUCCAUUUCAAAGUCAAAAGAUCUCAGUACAAAAACAAGAGAGCAAGACUCUCCAGGUCGCCUUGUUGGAGAAGGUGGGCAGUUAUUGCGCAAACCGUUCGACAUACCUUCUCCCGAACCAGAGGACGAGCCAAGUGGUUUGUCAGUGAGCAGUGGCUUAGGCUCUGAUAUCCGCACUGUCGAUUCUGAAACAAGUGACGGUAACACAAGCAGUGGUACUACCAAUCAACUUACACAGAAGCGAGACAAAAGACCCAGCAAAUGGCUUCAGGGUGUAAUCAGCUCAUGGGAAAAUCCUAUUUUUCAGUCCGUGGAAGCGUCAGUGCCGUGCCUUGAUGGCCCAACUACGGAUCAGCAGCACAUCUGCAGUAGAAAUGGCCAUGUUGGGUUUGACACGGGAUCUAUGAAUCUUAGUGGGAGAAUUUCUCGUCAAGCACUUCAUCAUGCCACUGUGAUAGCCCAAGUUGAUCGCAAAUUCAUCUUGGUCAAACUAUCAUUAGAAAGCGCAAGACCUGAGAGCUCCGCCCUUGAGAAACAGGGCUCUGCACUGGUUAUGCUUGAUCAGCAUGCAGUUGAUGAACGAUGCAAGCUGGAAGAGCUCAUGCUGGAGUACUUCACUACUGACCCCUUGACGAAUCAAAUAUCGUCUACGACAGAGUCGCUAGACCGGGCAAUUAUCUUUGAGGUUCCGAGUGAGGAGUGGUCUCUGUUGGAACAGCAUCGCGAGUAUUUUGCUGCUUGGGGCAUCAUUUACCAACCACCCAUCUCGUUACAACGAGGCAAGAUUGUUGUUACCGGCCUUCCACCAAGUAUCAUCGAGCGCUGUCGCUUAGAGCCUAGGCUGCUUAUCGAACUUUUGCGCACAGAAGUCUGGCGCAGUAUCGAUAGCAGCGUUCCACUAGUACGACCAUCGACUGCUGCUCCCGACAAGCCCCUUAUAUCACGUUUCAAUGGGUGCCCAAGAGGCAUCUUGGAAUUGUUGCACUCCAGAGCUUGCAGAAGUGCCAUCAUGUUCAACGACGUUCUUACAAUCCAACAGUGCGAAGAACUCAUCGCUCGCCUCUCACGUUGUGCAUUUCCUUUUCAAUGUGCUCAUGGACGACCCAGCAUGGCACCCUUGGUUGAUCUUGUGAGUGGAGGGAAGUUUGGCGGGUGGCAAGAGACGGAAAAGCAGAACAAGGUAUCAUGGAAGAGUUGGCUAAAGGCGUCAUGA